AUGAGUGGAGGAAUCUAUGGAGGAGAUGAAGUCGGUGCUUUGGUUUUUGACCCAGGUUCACACACAUUUAGAGUAGGCUUUGCUGGGGAAGAGUUCCCAAAAGGUGACAUACCGAGUCAAGUUGGCGUUCGCGAAAUAUUGGAUGAGAUGGACAGUACUAUAGAUCAAAGCGCUGGAAAAACCAAACUGAAAGAAUAUUUUAUUGGAAAGACUUUUGUUAAUGUUGCACGACCACGAACAGAAAUUUGUAGCUAUAUGAAAGAUUGCAUGAUUGAUGAUUGGGACAUUUUUGAACAACUGGUGGAUUACUCGUAUAGUCGUGUUUUGUUUUCUGAAAGUCAAUAUCAGCCUGUCUUAUUUACUGAGCCUGCAUGGAACACUAAAGCAAAUCGUGAAAAGCUGACGGAACUAAUGUUCGAAAAAUACAAUGUCCCCACAUUUUAUAUUGCCAAAAAUGCUGUCCUUGCUUGUUAUGCUAAUGGUCGAACAGCUGGAUUAAUUUUAGACAGCGGUGCUACGCAAACUUCCGCUAUUCCUGUUUUUGAUGGAUAUUGCAUAACUCAUGCGGUAGUAAAGCAACCAGUUGGUGGUGAUACAAUCGCAGAGCAGUGUCGUUUAAUGCUUAAAGAACAAAAAAUUGAUGUUGUGCCUUCUUACAAAAUUGCAUCAAAAGAAGUAGUUAAUGAAAUGGAACCACCCAUAUGGACUCAAAAGAAAAAUCUCCCAGAAGUUACGAAAAGCUAUGAAACGUAUAUGGAAAAGCAAGUUCUUGAAGAUCUAGCUGCCUCUGUUCUGCAGUGUUGUGAUACUCCCAUUGAUGUUGAAUUUGCGGAAAAAUUGCCUUCAUCACCUUUUUGUUUUCCAAAUGGAUAUAGCAAAGAAUUCCAAGGAGAAAGAAUUAAAAUUCCAGAAGGUCUAUUUGAUACCAACUAUUUGAAGGUAGUUUUUCCUGAAAAAGUACAUAUUGACUCUCAACAUUUUCAGACACCAAAUGCUUCGUCGAUAAUGUCAGUUUCUCAAAUUGCAGCUACAGCUUGUGGAAUGUGUGACAUUGACAUACGACCAACAAUGUAUAGUGGGUUGAUGGUAACUGGAGGUAAUUCGUUAUUGAUGGGAUUCACCGAGAGAUUGAAUCAUGAUCUUGCUCAUAAAUGUCCGCCGACUAUAAAAUUACGAGUGUAUGCAGCACCAACUCCAAUGGAACGGCGAUUUGGAGCGUGGAUUGGAGGAUCGAUUUUAGCUUCUUUGGGUGCUUUUCAACAAAUGUGGAUCAGUAAGGCUGAAUAUGAUGAUGAGGGAAAAUCAAUUGUUACUAAGAAAUGCGCAUAA